AUGGAAACAGAAAUGAAUGACAUUUUUAACGAGCGACCGGAAGGUGAAGAAGGGGAAAAGGAAGCCGAAGCAUCAUUUAUCAAAGACAACGACGAUGAAAGUUUUAAUGAUCUUCUAAAUAACCCCGAUCAAAACUUAGACGAAGCAAUGAUGGCCAGUUUCCGUGAGGAGAACGAGGACGACACGUACAGGAGGAGGAAAGAGCAGAUGAAUAAACUGUACUUAACCGGAAGAUUCAAUGACAUAAAGGGGGAGUUCGCCAGAAACGUGUUAGGUAGCGAAUAUCGAAUAGAUCCGACCGAUGGACAGGAUUCCAUGGAAUUUAUUUCCCGUUUGGACAUAACUAAACAUCAGCCGUGA